AUGGCUGGAGAUAUACCUGAGGGAAGUGGUGUCCCUAAGGAUUCUUCAGUUGACUUUGAUGAUCCCUUAUACAUACAUCCAUCUGAUAAUGCAGUCACUUCCAUAAUAACUAUCAAGUUGACUGGUAAUGAAAAUUUUCGUUUAUGGCGUAGUGCAAUGACUAGAGGCCUUAAAGCUAGAAAUAAAUUAGGUUUUGUGGAUGGAACUAUUGUUCUUGAAAAAACUGAUGAAACAAAAAAAUCUAAAUGGGAACGUGUGAAUGCUGUUGUGUGUAAUUGGUUGUUAGGAUCUAUAUCUGAAGCAAUAUAUGCUAGUCAUGUUUAUUCUGAUAAUGCUAAAGAUAUUUGGGAUGAGUUGUUUGAAACCUAUAAUAAGGCUGAUGGUUCUGUGAUUUUUAAUAUUCAUCAGCAAAUAAACAAUUUAAAACAAAGUGGUUCUUCUCUUUCAGACUAUUAUAAUAAACUUGAUUCUUUAUGGAAAGAGUUUAAUGGCUUGACUAGUUUGUCUGAAUGUGUUUGUGAGGCUGCAAAUAAACUAAAUGAUCAUUCUAAAAUGAUGAAAUUAAUGCAAUUUUUAAGUGGUCUUGAUGAUGUAUAUAAUCAAGUUAAAAGUCACAUUCUUUUAAUGGAACCAUUACCUACUGUUAAAACUGCUUUCUCAAUUCUCUCUAGAGAAGAGUCUCUUCAAAAGAAUGGGUCCUUGAGUUCUGUUAGUUCUUCAAAACCUCAAGUGUCUGUUUUUAAUAUUAAGGUUAAUGAUUUUAAAAGAGGUCAAGGUCAGAAUAGAUUCAGAAAUCAAGGAUUACAGUGUAAGCAUUGUAAUCUUAAAGGUCAUACAAUAGAAAAGUGUUUUAAAUUGAUUGGAUAUCCUAAGGAUUUUAAACAAAGAAAUGGAAAUAAUAAUCAAAACAAAUCUGCUUCUGUGAAUUCUUCUUCUGUUGGUCCUAACAGCAGCUCUGUGGUUGCUUCUGAGUCUGGUAGUGAAUGUCAUUAUCUUACUAGUGAACAAUAUUCAAAGUUUCUUCGUCUUAUAAAUGAGAAUUCUGGUAGUGAGGAUGUACCUGCUGCUGCAAAUAUGGCAGGUACAACAACGUAUUGUUUUAACUCUUGUGUUAUUCAAAAUAAAUCUCAAAGUUGGAUUGUUGAUUCUGGAGCAAAUCAACAUAUGAUAGCCUCAGAAUCACAACUCCAAGACACUGUGGAUGUGUCUAAACUAAAUCUACUUGUAAAACAUCCAAAUGGUUCUUCUGCAAAAAUAAAUAAGAUUGGGAAUGUUCAACUGUCUUCUAAUCUUACUUUAUUUGAUGUUUUUGCUGUGCCAGAUUUUAGUGUUAACCUUUUGUCUGUACAUAAAUUAUGUAAGGAUAAUGGAUGUGAAGUUGUUUUCUCUGAACAUAAUUUUAAAAUUCAGGAUUCACUAUCAAAGAAGAUGGUGGAGAAUGGUAGAGAAUCUGGGGGGUUAUAUUAUCUAGAUCAUGUUCCCUCAGGAAAUGAUUCUCUUCCUCCUUGUGAAUUUAAUGUUAGUAUUAAGGUUGUGAGGUCUGAUAAUGGUACUGAGUUUGUGAAUAAUCAAAUGAAAUACUUUUGUGUUGAAAAAGGUAUUAUUCAUCAGACUUCCUGUUCUUACACUCCACAACAAAAUGGAGUUGUGGAAAGGAAGCACAAACACAUUCUUAAUGUUGCAAGGUCACUUUUGUUUCAGUCAGCUGUUCCUGUAAAAUAUUGGGGAGAUGCUGUGUUAACUGCAGUUUUUUUAAUAAAUAGAAUGCCUACAUCAGUUUUAAAUGGAUUAUCUCCUUAUGAAUUUGUUUAUAAAAAAACACCUGUGUUUGAUUAUUUGAGAGUUUUUGGUUGUCUUUGUUUUGCUGUUAAACAAAAUGUUUCUGAUAAGUUUUCUGAACGUGCUGAAAAAUGUAUUUUAUUAGGUUAUUCUUCUGAUAAAAAAGCUUAUAAACUUCUUAGUCUUGAUACUAAUACUUCUUUUAUGUCCAGGGAUGUGAAAUUUUAUGAAUCUGUUUUUCCAUUUAAAUUGAAGUCAACUAAUGUUGACAAAAAAUUUUCUGAUUUUGGCCCUAAUGAUCCAUUUUCCUAUGAUGAGUUUGAUACUAAUGAAUACUUAAAUGAUUCUAUUAAUCUUGAUGAGCUGAGAGUAGAAUCACAACUGGAUGGUACUGAUGCAGCCAUUCACCUGGAUGAUAUCAUUUCUGAUAAUGAUAUUAAUCGUAGUGGCGAGGCAGUUGUGCCUCCUUCUGAUGAUUUUGUUCCUUCUUCUUCUAACAUUUCUGAGGAAAGUAGUCAGUUAUCUUUAAUCCCUUCUGUUGAACAGUCUUUAGGGUCUUCUAGGUCUAGACGUGAGACUCAUAUGCCUGUUAAGUUUUCAGAUUAUGUUGUUGAAGGCAAGUAUAAAUAUGGAAUAGAAAGGACUGUUAAUUAUUCUUCUUUAGACAAUAAUACUAAAUGUUUUAUUUCAAAUUUAAAUAAAACUGUUGAGCCUAAAGAUUAUAAGGAAGCUUUAACUGAUCCGAAUUGGGUUAAAGCUAUGAAUGAAGAGAUGGAAGCUCUCCAUAGAAAUAAUACCUGGGAAAUUACAUGUUUACCUAAGAACAGAAAACCAAUAGGCUGUAAGUGGGUAUUUAAAAUUAAAUACAAGUCUAAUGGUGAAGUAGAAAGAUAUAAGGCUCGUUUAGUAGCUAAAGGAUAUAAUCAAAGGGAAGGAAUUGAUUUUGAAGAAACUUUCUCUCCUGUUGCAAAAAUUGUAACUGUUAGAAUAAUUGUUUCACUAUCUAUACAAAAUUCUUGGCCUUUGUAUCAGUUAGAUAUUAAUAAUGCAUUCCUAUAUGGUGACUUAACUGAAGAUGUUUAUAUGUCUCUUCCUCCUGGAUAUUUUUCUGUUGGUGAUUCUAGAGUUUGUAAACUUACAAAAUCUUUGUAUGGUCUAAAACAAGCUCCUAGGAAGUGGAAUGAAAAACUCUGUUCUUCCCUGUUUAUGUUUGGUUUUAAGCAAAAAUUGUUACAUGAGUAUGGUAUGCUUGGGUGUAAACCUGUAAAUACUCCAUUGGAAGCAAAUUUUUUGAUAAAAGCUGAUGAAAAUGAAAAAGAAAAUGAAAAUCCACUGUUAAGUAAUAAAACUGAGUUUCAGAAACUUAUUGGUAAAUUGAUAUAUUUGACAAUUACUAGGCCAGAUAUUUCAUAUGCUGUCCAGUUCAAUGCAUAUCGAUUGAAGGCAAACGGGAAACAAGUUGCGUCGCUAGCCCUUUGUGGAUAG